UAUAAGAGAAACGUAUGGAUACGUAAUCAUCCCACAAACCAAGCGAUCUUUGAACAAGACGGUUGUUGUAAACAAUAAAAAAUGAAAGUGAUCGUGGUACUAGCUCUGGUCGCCGCCGCGUCGGCUGCUCCCCAAAACCUUCAAGAUGUACAAGUUCUCCGCUACGAAACUGACAACGUUGGACCUGAAUCUUAUAACUUUGCCUGGGAACUGUCCAACGGCAGCAAACAUGAAGAACAAGGGCAAUUGAAAAAUCAGGGAACGGAGAACGAAGCCAUGACCGUGCAAGGGCAGUACUCUUGGGUCGGUCCUGAUGGCGUCACAUAUACAAUCACCUACAUUGCUGAUGAAAAUGGUUUCCAGCCACAAAUCCAACAAGGAGUCGGAGGAGCCAUCCCGCCCGGAGUUGUGGCUUCACUCCUUGGAUUUGUGAUCCUUGGGUUGGUCGCGGCCGCGUGGACUGCACCGCAAGGAGCCAAAAACGAGGAUGUGCAAAUUUUAAGAUAUGACAACGACAACGACGGAAUCGGCUCUUACAGAUUCGCUUUCGAGCAAAGCGACGGCAAUAAGCGCGAAGAACAGGGUGACGUCAUAAAUGCAGGCACAGAUGACGAGUCCAUUGUUGUGAAAGGUUCCUACUCUUGGGUCGGCCCUGACGGAGUGACGUAUACUGUCACCUACGUAGCUGAUGACAAAGGAUUCCAGCCGACCAUCGAGCAAGGACCCGGCGGAAGCAUCCCACCAGGGAUCGUUGCGUCUCUCCUCGGUUAA